CAGAUUUUCCAUUUUAUUAUAUGCUUCCCGCGUGUGUUGUCUUUCAUUCAUCAUCGUCUUUUUUAUUUUUUUAUUUUCGCAUUCUCUCACCUUAACAAUCUACUGCAUUGUUUAUCCUCGAACACAUUCACUAUUUGGCAGUGGAAGUAACACUAGCAACAAAAAGCAAUAGCAUCAAAAAGAUAUAAAAACCGAGUGAGCACGAGCGCGAGCAUCACAUCAGCGCAACAGGGCUAUGGAGCUCGUCUUUGAUGUCAAUGACUUUGAGGAAGGGACAUCCGAUGACCUGGUCACCACAUCCAUCCCAAUCCUCCCUCCAGACUUACUGCUCAAAUGCAUUAAAUAUUUACCCGUUUCAUCGCUUCCUGCGGUUGCACAGGCAUGUCGUCGUCUCAAAGUCAUCGUUUACAGUGAUGAGCUCUGGGAAUCUAAACUACUAGCGAUAGGUUUUGGCUUUGGAUCAGGAAAGCGAGCGUCCAAAAAAAACGACCCCAACGGUACUAGUCUUCUUGAUGAGCCCAACGGUUCCUUGCCAAGCUUCCCUGUCCAUGGAUCUAGUAUUUCGGAUGUUGCUCGAAAACGGAUAUCUGCCAACACAAAGGAGGUUAUUAGCUCAACCAAAAGUAAUACUAUCAAUAAUAACAGGGUCAGUCUGUCUAAUCUGUCUGAAGAUGGCUUCCGAUCCAGUGCUGAGUUGCCAACCCCUACGAUAACGAAGCCUCGUAUUCAGAUCCCAGGACUGCCAGGCGAUCCAUAUUCAAUGAUCGAAGGCCGUAGAGUAUAUCAUGGAGCAAGAGAACAGUUUCGGCAGAUCUACUGCGAACUUUGGCCAUAUUACAUCGAUUUCCGCCAAGCAAAUAAGGACAGCAAAGUAAUUCAAGAAUUUGGCAAGUCGGUGUUGGAUGUCGCUAGAAUGUUGGCUAGACUCCUAGCUUUUUCAAAGGCCUACCUGGCCGAAGAUUCAGAUCAGAUCAACGAGAACCUGCAUGGAACGUGCGAAUAUUUUGAAAAUCGAUGCUUACAUCUAUUUGAGUUGGCGUACGAUUCGCGGGAUAUCCCAGAGAUGGCUAAAUUCGCAGGUGUGCUCUUAGAUCUUAAUGAUGCUCAGGCUUGUAUUCAGAUAUUCAUCCAAAAGAAUGGGAUUUUUUUCGACAAUAAUUACGAACCAAGCGAAAAUCUCAAACAAUACGAAUUAUGGCUGAUGCAGCCGCUUGUUCUACGGGAGAGCACACCUUUUCCAGAAUUUACACCAAUGAAGCUGUUUAUGGAAUUUACGGAAAUGGAGUUUAAAAAGCAAGCUGUUAUUAUCAACGAUGUCUUCCCAGAGGAGGCAGAUGUACUUUUUAAUUUCACGGAGCGUGUCUUUGAAGACGUGAUAUCAGAUUAUUGUUCACAGUUAUUUGACAUGUGUAGCAUGCGGGACAAACUUUUAUAUCUGAAAUCUGUCCCUACUGCUUACCGGUAUCUGGAACAUCUUGAGAACACAAUAGUCCGCAUGGAACCUAUUCAUGUAUCAUCGUACCGACUUGAGAAACUUUUGGCAAGGAUUUUUGGACCAUGGUUGGAACAGUACCUGAAGAUGGAGCUAGAUUGGGUUCAAAAGUCAUGUAAAGACCAGAUCGACAAACACGAUCGACAGCGUGAGGACAACAAAAAAAACGACACAAAGCGAAUGAAUCCCAGAAAUCGUGAAGUGUUUAAAAGGAACUUCUUGAAAGGAUUUAGGAAUGUUUUGACACUUCCUUACAAGAUCUCAUCUUCGAUUGUCGCAGGUGUCGCCUCAGCUACCUCUUCGCCGACACCCACCGCCGGCUCAGCUCCUUCAACACCUCAACUCCACCCUUCAUCUCCCUCCAAUGCCUCUCCCUCCAACUCUUCUACAGCCCCCACAAAGGGCAACAAUCGGUUUUCGAUUCGAUCAAUCUCCUCACUCAGUGGUUCUAGUAACUCUGGCUCCACAGUCGUACCGCCUACAUCUACAUCGACCCCAGAUAUUCCUACUCUCUCUUCAUCCACAUUCGUGCCUGACCAAAAAUCUAUAUCACUGGGGAGCGAUGCGGAUAGCGUCAGGAGUACUUCAGGAGGAGUAGAGCAGAUUGUGACAGCACAGGAAAUCCAAGAAGAAAUGAAUUCAUUACUGAGUGUUGAGCUGGCUCUGCACUUGAUUCACUUGGACAAAGAUGCGCUUCAGCGACUGUCUGCUUUUGCGGGACUGGGUGGCGUCCUUGGUGGCCGUGUACAAAAAACAAUAGAAUCAGUAUUUAUUGCAUUACUGAGGUCUUUGGGCCAACAGCAUAUCGAUCCCGGAUUCACAGCGGCUAUCCAACAGUUAGGCCGCUACAAACCAACGACAACACAUGGUGGCGGUGUAACACCAUUGAUGGAUUUUUUUGAGCUAGUACAUGUUGCAGAUCUGAUUCUUCAAAUGGUACAAGUGUAUUAUGCAGAGGAGAUGUGCAAGCAUAUUGAUAAGAUGGAUUUCCUGAAUGAUGCUAAUAAGGAGAAGAAGGCAUUUGAAAGGUUGAUCGAUGAUGGUGUGGCUGCAGGGCUGGAUAAGAGUAUCGAGGUGUUGAUUGGCCAGGUGGAGUAUAUUCUGACCACUAUGCAGCUUCCAACAGACUAUAAUCCUGACGAGAGCAUGGAGAUUGAGCUACAGCCAACUCAGGCUUGUCGGGAAGCAGUAACAUGUCUAACGACACAUACAAAAAUGUUGAUCGGCUGUACGGACAAACAUACCCUGGACGUUUUCUUUCAAGAACUUGGAUUACGUUUAUUCAAUUGUCUAACAAAGCACUUGCGCUCCAAUAUCGUGUCGUCCCAAGGUGGAUUCGUGCUGAUCUGCGAUCUGAACCACUAUUACAAUUUUAUUGUGACACUAAAGCAGCCAAUGUUGACGCCCAACUUUUUGGCAUUAAAAGAACUGGGGAAUCUUUUUAUUAUCCAAUCGCCAUCCGAUCUUAAACAACUGAUCCACGACAUGCAACGCUUUGGCGGGAUCCUGCGCGUCGAGGAUGUUUUUGAAUUUGCAGAGAUGCGCUCGGAUUGGAAGAGUAUUCAACGGAUCGUAGAACGCGAUCGACUAGAGUGUGCUAUCAUGUAA